ACCACAGACAAAAGAUUUUUGCUUUACAAUCAAUGAUCGGUGCGAAGUAAAUAAAAGGGGUUAAAUGUUUUCUAUCGGUUUCUAACGAAAAUUGAUCAAUUUAUUCCCCUGAAUGUAUUAAAUUAUAAAACAAAAUGAGUUUUUCCAGUGACGAAGUCAAUUUUCUUGUGUAUCGCUAUUUACAGGAAUCAGGAUUUCAUCACUCUGCAUAUACAUUUGGUAUUGAGUCUCACAUAUCUCAGAGUAACAUCAAUGGAGCCUUAGUGCCACCUGCUGCUUUGCUUAAUAUAUUACAAAAAGGAUUACAAUACACGGAAGCAGAAAUAACAAUAGGAGAAGAUGGCACAGAAACACGGCUCACAGAAAGUUUAAGUUUGAUUGAUGCAGUCACACCAGAUAUCGUAGCUGCAAGGCAGAACGCACAUAAUGCUCAAAAGCAAGCAAUUAAGGCAGAACCUGGCUCUGGUGGGGAACAAAAUGGAGUUGAUGGUACCACAUGUAACGCUGCGGCAGCUGCUCCUGGUGGGGCAGCAACUCCCAGUGCUCCAGAGGCAAUGGAUAUGGAUCAGUCCAUAGAAAUCCCUGCCAGCAAAGCCACCGUGCUCAGAGGACAUGAAUCUGAGGUGUUCAUCUGUGCUUGGAAUCCCAGCACGGACCUGUUGGCUAGUGGAUCAGGAGACAGCACUGCUAGAAUAUGGGACAUGUCAGACAAUCCAGCCACUACCCCCAAUCAGUUGGUGUUGAGGCACUGCAUACAAAAGGGUGGUGCUGAAGUACCCAGCAACAAAGAUGUCACAUCAUUAGACUGGAACUGUGAUGGAAACCUCCUUGCCACAGGCUCAUAUGAUGGUUAUGCUCGCAUUUGGACCACAGAUGGUACCUUGGCAUCAACACUAGGCCAACAUAAAGGUCCCAUAUUUGCUUUAAAGUGGAACAAAAGAGGAAACUAUAUUUUGAGUGCAGGGGUUGACAAGACAACAAUUAUUUGGGAUGCAUCAACAGGACAAUGCACACAACAGUUCUCAUUCCAUUUAGCCCCAGCUCUUGAUGUUGACUGGCAGACCAACACUUCCUUUGCUUCAUGCUCUACUGAUCAGUGUAUUCAUGUGUGCAAACUUAAUGCUGAUAAGCCAAUCAAAAGCUUUCAAGGUCAUACUAAUGAAGUUAAUGCCAUAAAAUGGGAUCCUCAAGGACAAUUAUUAGCAUCAUGUUCAGAUGACAUGACUUUAAAGAUUUGGUCCAUGAAACAGGACACAUGUGUGCAUGACUUACAAGCACACUCAAAAGAAAUCUACACAAUCAAAUGGUCACCUACAGGGCCUGGAACACAGAAUCCUAACAUGAAUCUGAUCUUGGCAAGUGCUUCUUUUGACAGCACAGUCCGCUUAUGGGAUGUUGAACGAGGUGUGUGCAUACAUACACUCACAAAACACACUGAACCAGUUUACAGUGUGGCAUUUUCACCUGAUGGCAAAUUCCUUGCUAGUGGAUCAUUUGAUAAGUGUGUGCACAUAUGGUCAACACAAACUGGAAGUCUUGUGCACUCAUACAAAGGCACAGGAGGUAUUUUUGAAGUUUGCUGGAACUCACGAGGCACGAAGGUUGGCGCAAGCGCUAGUGACGGCAGUGUAUUUGUUUUAGAUUUGCGUAAACUAUAACAACAGGCUGUCAGAAACACUGUAUGUGUGUUUAAUCAUAAAAAAAUCAGGAGAUGAUUAUGAACUUUCAAAAAACAGUUAUAAAACUUAUAACCUGUAUUAAAAUGUAGUUGACCCUCAGAUUUGUAUUUAUGGCAAUAACUAUAGAUUGAUAUUGUAUUAUCCAUAAAUCUUAGUAGUAUCAGGAUUUUCAACAAUUAUAUUAUACAUGUAAAAGUCAAUUUGUUUCCAAGUUAAAGUUUCAAGGCAAGAUAAUCUGAACUGAUACGGAUGCAACUUGGUGUGGAGACGGUUAAGACUAGAUUUGUUCAUACAUUUCCUGUUGUGUUAGGUGAAGUAUUUCUGUAAGGAAGUAAUUGAUACUGCAGGAAACAUCAUAUAGUAUUUGGAAACGUAUACAUUAUUAAUGGUUAAAAUUGCCAUUGUAAAGCUUUAUACUGUAAGUUUAUUAAAUUAUACCUUUCAUAUUUACUCUAUAUUGAUAAUAGUGAAUCAUUUAUAUUCCCACUUUCUGUAUGUAAUUGGUAUGUAUUGUGAUGGUGAUAUGAGGUAACCAUAAAAUUAGUAUUCAUGGAACUCAAUAUGAAUUAUUAUUGUCAACAUUAAUUUUAAUCUACAAAUUUCCAUUUACCUAUAGGAAUUACUUAAUUUUUGUUACUUGUGUAAUAAUAGGAAUAUUUUUUAUAACAAAUAAAAGAGUAUAAAUAGUAAAAGUA